AUGCUCGACGAUUACAAAAAGUACAUUGACAGCACACCAGUACGCAAGAUCUCCCUUAGAUCUUUCAUGAGAACCUUCAAGGACAUUCGAGAUAAAGAGCAGUUGCUAGGAUAUUGGACCGGCAAGGUAUUGCCGUACCUUCGACAUCAUUCUGCGCUCGAUAAGCGUCAGUUAGGAUUCUCUCUCAAAAAGGCUACAGUGAAUGAGCUCCGGGCUAUAAUUGAUGAAGAACCCGAAACACGCGGGCAUAUUUCAGCCCUCCUCCCUAACGUCGCUAGGCAAAAGCAAGCUGUAUCAAAUCUCCACACAGCACGCAUUGAAGAAAGUUGCUACAUUGCAGCGCCGAUGCAGCAGGAGAAUGAGAGUCAUCAGCAGCAAUCGACAAGACCAUCCACAGCCGCAUCAACAACACCUCCAGGGUCCCCCUCACAGCUUGUUCUAACAGCGGCGGUGCCAGCGGCAUCACAAGCACCUGUAAUGACACCGUUCGAAGAGGCAGAGCCAGUGAUUACGAAACCAGUCAUCGACAACGAUGAGCGCGAGGUUCUUCUUCGCAGUGUUGAAAAAGCCUCGCACACUCAAUGCGACUGGGUAGCGGAUGACAUCUGCGUAGUGUGUCGGUUUCAAGCCUUUCAGCGAGCAUGCAUCGAUGCUUUGGUUCAGAGCGAAAUAAAAAAAACAGAAGUUGCCGACGCCAUGGCUAUUAUUGGUGUGUUUGCACCCUCGAUGCCGACAGCGAGGAUGAAAAACGCGUUCACCGAAGGAUUGCUGCGUAAGAUUGCGAAGUCGACAAUUGAAUUGCCAGAUACCGACUUCGAUGAUAGUCUCAUGAUGAAAACUGUGAGGGCAGAUAUCCAUAAGAUCGGCAAUGGUGACGUGAAUGGGUUAAAACGAUCGUGGGGCUAUAAGGACUUGAAAAAUGCAAAGAAGCGCUUGCAAUGAGCGAAUAAGAGGAAGAGUGUGGGAUAUGGCUAUCGCCUCUACCUCUUCGUGAAAGCACGUCAAAUUCAUCAAGCGGAACGUCGCCAAUUUCAGUCACGAAUACUUGUCCGAGCUCAUCAUCGGGUCAUGUAUGCCUGUAAUAAAUUAUUACUGUUGCUUUGGUCCUAUGUCC